AUGCCGUCAGAGUGUUUGACUCCUGAAGACAGACUUUGUUGGGAGUUGAAUGGGCUCCAAAGACUGAUUUCCCCAUUCCCCAAGAUCCUGCUGUCCAAUGAUUCUGAGUAUGUGGAGUGCUUCACUGGACCCAAUAUUAUGGCUAUGCACGCAAUGCUGAUUAACAAACCUCCAGAUACUGGCAAGAAGACUUCCCAGCACCCCAUGCAGCAGGAUCUGCACUAUUUCCCCUUCUGGCCCAGCAAUCUCAUUGUUUGUGCUUGGACCGCCAUGGAGCACAUUGACCAGAACAAUGGCUGUCUGGCUUUCCUCCCAGGCACCCACAAACUUCCCCUGAAGCCACGUGACUACCCUCAGUGGGAGGGUGGAAUUAACUCCAUGAACCAUGGGAUCUAGGACUAUGAUCAAGACCAUGUCUGAAUGUACCUUGUGAUGGAGAAGGGAGACACUGUUUUCUUUCACCUUUUACUCAUACAUGGAUCAAGUCAGAACCAAAAUCAAGGAUUCCGGAAAGCAAUUUCCUGCCAUUUUGCCAGUGCUGAUUGCCACUACAUCCAUGUGAAGGACCCCAGUUGA